AUAGCACAUGGAUUAACGCUACUAAUGCCUCUCUUAUCAGUUUUAAUUCUUAUUUUAAUUGUAAAAAGCUAUCGUCAACAAGCUAUUCAACAUUUCCCACAAUUUUAUCGAUGGAUUUGUUGUUGUAAGCAAGCAGAAGAUAAGAUUGAUUAUAAUGUUGAAACGAUGCAUUCAAUUAUUUCCGAACAAACACGUCAACGACAACUUCUUAAUUAA